CAUAAAGGAGCUCUGGCACCGCUUUGGGUAAUAAUUUAUCCAAGGGGGGAAAAGUAGAAAUUCCCUUUUUUCCAGAACAUUCCUGCUGAGCUGUGAACUUUGGAAGCCGUGGGACUUUGCCCAGGACAUUGGAACGUGCAGAUAUUUUUUUCUGCUGCUGAAGGUGUCAUACCGGCUAAUCUAACCAAGGCCGAUUGCCCCUUUCCCCCCUCCCUUCUCCCACCUCGGUUCACCCCACACCUCCUGAAUGUUGGACCUGCCCAUUCUGGCCUCCCCAGACAUGGCUGACAACUGGUUGAACCUGCAGUCAGAGGAAGACAGAGGGCAGGAAAGCAGCAUGGGGGACUCUGCCAACCUGGACGACAGCCUGACCAGCCUACAGUGGCUGCAAGAGUUUUCCAUCAUCAAUGCCAACGUGGGCAAGUCUUCCUCUUCUCCCAGCAGCUCGGACCCUCAUGGCUACCACAAGAUCCCUGGCUCUGCUGCUCCUUGCUCCCCCUUGGCUGCUGACCCAGCUUGCAUCGGGAUGCCCCACACCCCCGGCAAACCCAUUUCAUCUUCCACCUCCAGGACUACUCACCUGGGGAUAGGCAUGCAGGUCCAGCCCUUGGAAGACAUAGAUUACAAGACCAACCCCCAUGUGAAGCCCCCUUACUCCUAUGCAACGCUCAUCUGCAUGGCCAUGGAAGCCAGCAAGAAAACCAAAAUCACCCUUUCAGCCAUCUACAAAUGGAUUACGGACAACUUCUGCUACUUCAGACACGCUGACCCCACCUGGCAGAAUUCCAUCCGGCACAACCUAUCCUUGAACAAGUGCUUCAUCAAGGUGCCGCGAGAGAAGGAUGAGCCGGGAAAAGGUGGAUUCUGGAAGAUCGACCCUCAGUACGCAGACAGGCUUAUGAAUGGGGCCUUCAAGAAACGCAGGAUGCCCCCUGUGCAGAUCCACCCGGCCUUCACCAGCAGAGUUCAACAAGAAGCCGGGACUGCUGCCAACCAGGCAGCAUCCUCUUGGUCCAACGACAGUGUCCUGAAUGUCAACAUGGAGUCACAGCAGCUGCUCAAAGAGUUUGAGGAAGUCACGAGUGACCAGAAUUGGAACCCAGUGGAUGGGAAAAUGGGUCACAAACGUAAGCAGCCAUUGCCCAAACGGAUGCACAAGACAGCUCGUCUCUCUAGCUCCCCCUUGCUCACCCAGGAAGAACAGACAGAGCUUGGCUCAUUGAAAGGUGACUUUGACUGGGAAGCUAUCUUUGACACCACUUUAAAUGGUGACUUCUCCACUUUUGAGGAUCUGGAGCUCACACCUCCUAUUAGCCCAAUAACCAGAGAUGUGGACUUGACAGUGCAUGGAAGACACAUUGACUGUCCACAGGAAUGGUGCCCAGUCGGGCAUGAUCAGGUCCUAACAGAAUCCAACCAGAACAACUUAGACUUUGAUGAAACCUUCAUGGCCACUUCUUUCCUUCAACAUCCCUGGGAUGAAGAGAGAAACGAUUAUCUCUCAAAUUCGGUGAACAUGAACCAGUUGUUUGAACUCAACGACUCUUCUUUGCCCACAGACAUGAGUGACUGGAGCAGUAUGGGAUCUUUUUUAUAAAAGACUGCUGAUGGUUAGAAGGAUCAAGUUAAACCCAGGUAGACUUUAUCUAUUAGCAAAAUAAUCCCAUUGCUGCUGGAGAUUACAAGGGACAAGAUCUCUAGAAAGGGGGAAAUACACAUUGACUUUUAUCAGCUGCAAAGUAUGGUUAUUCACAGAAACUCCAGAAGAAACCCAGAAGAUUUGGCUGGAUAUAUCUGUAAGCAACACAUCAGGAGAAGUCUCUGUCUCUUGGGUUUCCCUAAGAGAAGAAAUAACUACUUAUUUUGGGACUCUGGUUUUUUAAAGAAAUGUAGAUUAUCCUAUGCUUUGUGGGAAUGGAAGAAGCAUAUGUUCCCUCUAGGAAAAAAGGAGAACAGUUGCUAAGUUACAUGCAAGAGCUGAGAUUUCCUGAUGACUUUGGACUUUGUAGACGAUGUGCAAUUUCCUUCUCCUUCUACUCCCUCUCUCUCUCUCUCAAUUUUUUUUCUGUCCAGGAAUAUUCCCAGGUAUAACAUGAGAUAAUUAAGUAGCAGGUAAGUAAAAGUCCCUUCUGGGUUCUGUAAGUUCAACCUCCCUCCUGAAUUGGGGCUAGGGAAGAAGAUGAGAUCUGUAAAAUCAGAUGCAAAUCAGCAAGUCGGCCUCUUCAGAUGUUUUUGUAUAGUCUGUUAUAUAUAAAUAUAUAUCUAUUCAAAGAAACCUAUAUUUUUAGCACAAUCAGUAGAAUAUCUUUUUGAUGGGAUGGCAGUGGAAAUGAAUUUUUUUCUGUGCUGUAUAAAGACUAAUGUUAAUUGUUCUGCAAAUUAAAAAUGAAGCGUGUCAAAUGUUUAUUGUAACAAAAUAUGCAAAGGAAAAUUCCUACAUCAGAAGCAAUGAAUUUCUUUAAGGACCAAGAAAAGGAUAAAGACAGGAGAGAAGGAGAAGAGACUUGACUUUCUCCAGAUUGUGCUCUCACUUAUUUUUGUAUCCUGAACUCCCUUGCCUCGUGUCAUGAGUGACUGUAUUUGCUGUAAGGCCUAGAAUGGCGUCACUAUGAACCUGCUACAUUUCUGAAUGAUUGAUGAAACAAUGUUCUAUUUUCUGAUCAGAAACUAUGAACCGAAAGCAUCUCCUUCAUCAGCCUGUACGUCAGGCUCUGAACAGCCUUUGCGACGAUCCAGGAGACAAAUCCAGUGAUGGGUGAUUAAGGACCAAGCCUCCUUUUCCCUCAGUGAGACAGGUGUGAUCAAACGUUGCUUUCUUUUGGAAUUGUUAUACUGGGGUUUCCCAUGCAGGGGGAUGCUCACCAGAUCUUGGUGAUUUUGUAUUUUAUUUAAACGAAUGUUCUUGUAUGGAACUAACGAAAAAUGAAAUCUGGAUCUGGGGCUCAGUCAGGGAGUAAGAGGCCAAAGACUGUGUGUGCAACAAACAUUAGUUACGAACAAAAGCAGAGUUUAGAAUCCCUUCUCUGCCUUACCUAAUGUGUCCCCUUUACUCUGCUCCUCUCCUAAAGUAAUAAUCAGUCUGACCACUCACCAUCUUCAACCUGCUGCGCAAAGGUUAACCAGUCAAUGCUCACAGCACCCCUGCAAGGUAAGUAUUAUUAUCCCCAUUUUACAGAUGGGGAUGACAAGGCAGGGAUCAAUUAACUGAUUUGCCCAAGGCCUAACAGCACAGCCUCACUCCCAAUCCUGUGACCAUACUGCCUCUUAAAGGUGUGAAGGGGAUGCCGGCAGGCUAAAGGUUUCUCCAAAGCAGGUGGAAAAUAUCAUGGUGUUUUUGAGUGACUGGAAAGUCAGAGCAAGGAGGGGCAAAGUGCCUGACUUCUUUCUUGAGAUGUUUAACAACCCAGGACCAGAGCCUCAGCUGGUGAAAAUUGCUGUAGCUCCACUGAGUUCAACAGAGCUAUGCUGAUUUACCUGCCGAAGAUCUGCCCCUAAUUGGUUUGCUAAUGGGAGUGUGGACAGGUAUCUGUGAAAUAUGCAUAGGCAGCAAAGAAAUAUUCUGGUAGUUAAAAAUAAAAAAAUCUUGCUCAAACUUGAAUUCAAGCUCUAGAGAAUCAGAUUCUAAGCCUCUCUCUGUUGGUACAGGCAAUAUAGUUAAUGUAAGAUAGCUGCUAGUUAGCAGAAAGAUGAGGUUACUUUGGAGUGUGUUAGACUUGUUGAAAAACAUAAAACUAUAAACUUUUUUUGUUUGUUUAGAAACUAUAAUAAGAAUUUAGGAACUUUGAUGUGAGCAAACUAACUUAGCUGGAGUCUAGUUGUCAUUU